AUUGCAUUUGUUUCAGAACAUCAUGAAUUUGACUGAAUAUGCCAUCACCAAUAGCAACCAGUGCAGGUAUCAUCAUGUCCAUAAUAUUAUUUGGCGGUGUAAUAUACAAGAAUAUUGGCCCAGCUGACAAAUCAGAAGCCGAUCUCAAAAUUCCCAGAAGCCCAAGUAAAACUAGUCUGGAAGACAUGAAUGAGUACAUAAAAUUCAUGGUUCAAAAAGAGCUGCAAAAAUCCCAGAAUAAAAACCCACAGACAAGCGAGGUGCAGCAAUAUAAACAGGGAGAAGUACAAACAGUUGUAACACCUGAAAUGUUGAACAACAUUAUAAGUAGUAGUAUACAGAGGGCCAUGGAAAAAUACAGCGAACAGAUGCAAGAGAUGCAAGAUAGAUUAGAUUCCAAAUUAGAGAAUCAUCUCCAUAAAAUGGAGGAAAAAAUUAUGAAAAGAUUAGAGGAAAAAACAACACAUGAGGACAACUCUGAAGACAAAAGUGGGGAUAGAUUUGUGUCUGGUCCUGAAAAUGCCAUUGAUGAAAGACUGCAGAGAAUUGAAAAACUGUUACAAAAGGGAAAAUCGGAGAGCUUCAACUUUUCUCAUUAUGUGGAAGUUGCGAGUACCAUAAUUUCAUCUGUAACUGUGACUUUAGUUAAUAUAACUAAUAAUUCCUUCAUAUUUCUUUCCAAUACUUCAAAUUGGUCAACUUUAAAAAAGCCUAUUUUUCAUGGCUAUUUCAAUGACAUAUCAAAUCAUUCCAUUGUUGCCUCCACAGUGGCUGUCAUUUUUUCAAUUGCUUUGGAUAUUUGUUGUUGUUACUGUGUGUGUCGAGUCUGCUCUAGAUGUUACAAGAAAACCAAACCAAACACAAAUAAUGACAGAGGACAAAAACCAGCCCCAAAAUCCGUAUCCACUUCAUUAGAUUCAGAUAUAGAGAGAUAUCGACAAAAAUUAGAAAAUUCACUGUGCAUAGUAAGUUUUUCCAAAGAUAAUGUGGAAUCCUGCCACAUGCCACUGAUGAAAUCUUUAAUGGAAUGCUUGAUGGAUGUAAACCUACAAACCAAGCGUGUUGUCAUUAGAGAACCCAAUAAUCUCAACAGCAUUCCUCCCUCUAAGAUAUUUUUAGUGAUUGUUGACUUCAAUGAAAAGAAUGAAAUACUGGAACCACACCAGCCAAAAAGUAGUAAACUUUGCAUCAAAAGAGAAACAGUUAGAAGCCUAAUGGAUAGUUUUGCUCUUGUUAUUCUUGUAUACUGCCUGGAGGCCUCUUCAAAAAAGCUGGACUUGGGUGAUCGAUUUGCACAUAAGUUAAAUAAAAUGGUGAUUUCUGUGAAGGAAUUACAGGAGUUGGACAAUAAGCAAUGUUUUUACAGCGUAUAUAAGGAAUUUCAUAGUUUCCAAUUAGCAAAUCUCCGCCAGACUAUUAGAGAAUAUUUAAAAACAUUUUAGGAUUAUGUUUGCAAGUGAGUUAAGGCUUACUUUAGACGUUCGAUCCUGAUAUUUAAAGUCUUAAACUUUUUUUGGCAAGAAAUUUUUAGUUUCUACAUACAUAGCUUAAAUAAAAUUCAAAUCAAAAAAUGGGGGUAAAUAAGCUUCUUUUGGCGCUACAGUACAUUUAAUAUGA